AUGCAUCAUCCGCAAGAUGAAGUUCAUCAACAUUCCCUCAAAGACCCCGAGUCUUUCUGGGGCCAUCAAGCCGAGCAACUCUACUGGCACAAAAAGCCCGACAGCAUCCUCGCGCGGACUGGUAAGACUCUGAAAAGCGGCACGAGACAUCCAAGCUGGGAAUGGUUUCCUGGGGGAGAAUUGUCCAACUGCUUCAACUGCGUUGAUCGACAUGUGCUGGCUGGCAACGGAAACCAUCCUGCCAUCUUCUACGACAGCCCAGUAACCACGACAAAACAGACCAUUACAUAUGCGCAACUUCUCGACGAGGUAGAGACGCUCGCCGGCGUCCUACGGGACGAAGGUGUCAAGAAGGGUGAUGUCGUGCUCAUUUACAUGCCAAUGAUACCGGCAGCUUUGAUCGGCAUCCUCGCCAUCAACCGUCUUGGUGCCGUUCACGCAGUCGUCUUUGGUGGAUUCGCCGCAUCAUCUUUGGCCCAGCGCAUCGAAGCAUCAAACGCCGUGGCCAUUCUCACAGCUUCAUGCGGUAUUGAUGGAAACAAACCGCCAAUCAGCUACAAGCCGCUCAUCCGGGAGGCCAUCCAGCUCUCAAAGCACAAGCCCGAGAGAGUACUCGUAUGGCAGAGAAAUGAGCUGCGUUGGGAUCCUCUGGACAAGACCGGAGGGGAGCGGAAUUGGUUCAAGCUGGUCAGAAGCGCGCGAGCCAGGGGUAUGAGGGCAGACUGUGUUCCGGUCAAAUCCAGCGACCCAAUCUACAUAAUCUACACGAGCGGCACGACUGGUUCUCCCAAGGGAGUGGUCAGAGAUGCGGCCGGCCAUGCAGUCGGACUGCAUCUCUCCAUCAGCUAUCUUUUCGGGGUUCAUGGCCCUGGAGAUGUGAUAUUCACUGCAAGUGACAUUGGAUGGGUUGUAGGACACAGCUUCAUCCUGUAUGCGCCGCUUCUCACGGGAGCCGCGACAGUACUCUACGAAGGGAAGCCUAUUGGAACUCCAGAUAGCUCUAGUUUCUGGCGUAUUGUACAGGAAUACAAGGUCAACAGUCUUUUUACAGCACCAACUGCACUUCGGGCUAUCAAAAGAGAUGACCCAGAAAAUAAACACUUGGAAAGAAUUGGCGAGAAUGGAGGCCUCAAGUCGCUCAGAGCUCUGUUUCUUGCUGGUGAAAGAUCAGAACCGUCAAUCAUUUCCAUGUAUCAGCAACUCCUUCAAAGGCACGCUGCACCAGGCGCCACAGUGAUCGAUAACUGGUGGUCUUCAGAAUCAGGCUCUCCAAUUUCUGGACUCAGCCUAUACCCACACGCUGGCAAGGACAGGACGAUAACAGACAGGCAGGAAAAGCCCUUGAGUGUGAAGCCAGGCAGUGCUGGAAAGCCAAUGCCGGGCUUUGAUGUCAGAGUUGUGGACGACGAUGGUAAUGAAUUGAAAAGAGGCAAGAUGGGCAAUAUUGUCAUGGCAAUUCCGCUGGCGCCCACAGGCUUUCGAACCCUGUGGCAGGACGAAGAGAGAUUCUAUAAAGGAUAUCUCAAAAGAUUUGGUGGGAAAUGGCUCGACACUGGUGACGCGGGCAUGAUUGACUUGGACGGAUACAUAAGUAUCAUGAGCCGAAGCGAUGACUUGAUCAAUACUGCAGGUCAUCGUCUAUCUACAGGUGCUAUUGAACAAGCCAUUACCAGCCAUCCCCUGGUGGCAGAAGCAAGUGUGAUAGGCAUACCAGACAACCUCAAGGGUCAGCUGCCGUUUGCCUUUAUCACGCUCUCGGUUCCCGAUCAUCCUUCAUCUGCUAUACCAGACAAGAAGAUUGGCGAUGAAAUUCAGAAGCAAGUACGGACCCAAAUAGGUGGCAUCGCGACCCUUGGCGGCAUCAUACAAGGGAAAAACAUGAUUCCUCGCACUCGGUCUGGCAAAACACUGCGAAGAGUGCUGAGAGAACUGGUUGAGAAUGCAGUCCACGGCGAUUUUGAUAAACAUGUCACUUGGCCUGCAACUAUCGAAGACGCUUCAGUCAUAGAUGUGGCUCGGAGUAAAGUUGCCGAGUACUUCAAGGAAAAGGGUACUGCACACAAGGCCAUCGAGGAGCGUGCCAAAUUGUAG